CCCUUCGAUUCCAUCUUCCAUCUUCACUGAGAAAAAACCAUGCUGCACACAUAGCACUGCUCGGAUGCACAGGCUCGAUGAGCCGUCGAGCCCCAACCGGCACACCACAGCGGUGCCGUAGAAGAGGACGGCCAUUUUGAUCACCGGUGAUGAGUAGGUGGGGUCUAUUGGAAUCCGGUGACUCGUUUCCCGGAGGUAUUUUGACGGACGUCACGGUCUGAGCUAACCUAUUUCAAUUUGUCUAUCACUUAGGUAAAAAAUGAAAGAAAUUCCGCUUUUUUUGGAUUCCUUGCGGAUCCCGUUAUUGAUUUCCUCUAUUGCUGAACUUUCUACGGUGACCAGAUUUGCUUCCUCUAUUGAUGAACUUUCUUCGUUUGCAUCACCUUUCCAUUCCGCUCCUAGCGAUGAGUUUGCAUUGUUUUCUACUCCACCGGACGAAGUCUCCAAGAGAAAGUUCAACUUUGAAGCAAAAGCAAUCCCUCAACCACCACCACCAUCCAUGGCUUCCUCUCUCUUCUUCUUCCUCCUCAUCAUUUUCCUCUCUCUCUCCUCUCCAUCCGCCGCAAACGUCCACCGGACCAAGCUCCUCCGGUCGUCCCUCAUCUCCGAACCCGGGCUUCGCGCCAACUCCACCCCCUCGCCCACUCGCUAUUUCGAAGUCACCAGGCCCAUCAGGCUCCCCGACACCAAGCCUUGCUCGUACCUGAUCUUACAACACGACUUCGCGCACACGUAUGGCAAGCCCCCGGUUCUCGCCAAUUACACCCCUCCAUCGAGUUGUUAUUCACAGAAAUUUGCAAAGGUCGUGCUGGAAUGGAGCGCCACUUGCAAAGGCAGGCAAUUUGACCGGAUUUUCGGGGUUUGGCUUGACGGGGUCGAGCUUCUCAGGAGCUGCACUGCGGAGCCGAGAGCUACGGGAAUGUUUUGGAGUGUCAAGAAGGACAUUACCAGGUACUAUUCGUUGCUCAUGAAGAACGGUACUCUUGCCGUUUCUCUUCGCAAUGUUGUGGAUGACACCUAUACAGGGGUUUACCAUGUCAAGUUAAAGUUUCAUUUUUAUCCUGUUGAUGAUGAGCAUUUGGCGGGGGAUGUUGGAAAUUCGAGGGAUUCCGCACCAUCUGGGUAUGGUUCGAAUGCGGAUUUGAUCUUGCCCAUUUCGAGAAACUUGCCGCUGAAUGAUGGGUUGUGGUUUGAAAUCGAGAAUGCUACGGAUACUGAGACGAAGGAGUUCAGAGUUCCCCUGAAUGUUUACAGGGCAGUGCUGGAGGUUUAUGUGUCUUUUCAUGAGAAUGAUGAGUUUUGGUAUGGGAAUCUCCCCAAUGAGUAUAUUGAGGCCAAUAAUCUUACCGGAGUAGCCGGGAAUGGCCCUUUUAGGGAGGUUCUCGUGAGUCUUGACGGUGCGGUAGUCGGUGCGGUUUGGCCUUUCACGGUGGUAUACACCGGGGGGGUCAAUCCUCUUUUGUGGAGACCCAUCACUGCCAUUGGGUCGUUUAAUCUCCCUACAUACGAUAUCGAGAUCACGCCCUUUCUAGGGAAGAUAUUAGACGGAAAGCUCCAUGAAUUUGGCUUCAGUGUCACGAACGCUUUUAAUGUGUGGUACAUUGACGCCAAUCUGCAUCUUUGGCUGGAUGAUAAGAGCACCAAAACUGCAGGGAAGCUUCUGACUUACAAUUGCAUGCCUCUAGCUGUUUCUUCGGUGGUGGAUUUUAAGGGCUUUGAUGGGAAGUUUUCGACCGGGGUCAGCCGGUCCAUAUCGUCCCGGGGAUGGGUGAAGUCAUCUUAUGGGAAAAUCAAGACCACUUGGAAGCAAGAGUUUAAUUACAGUAACGUGAUGGUCAUGGGGAAUCAUGCGAAUCUGCAAAUUAUCAACCAGCUGAUCCAUUUCAACGACCGCCUUCAUGCUAAGAAGCAGUCCUCCACCCUUGCAUCCAUUCGAGUGCGCAGAGAUUUCCCGUUCUAUCUAUACUCCAACAAUGUGGAUCAGGGAAACGGCACUUCCUUAUCCGUGGCGAACUUUUCGAUGGCUUUUAAUGAGAAAAGGCGUAAGGAUUCCGGCUUCAAGCUCUCGAGGAGUUCGCUGAGCAAUGUGCAGACCGGGCAGGGCAACAUGACCGUGAAGAAUAACUUGGUGGCCAGCGGGUUCGGCAGUACUCAGCAAGUGUACAAGUAUCGCGCGGGCGAACUCUGCUACUACAGAAAUGUGAGCAGCUCAAAUUACACUAUUCUUCACGACCACAUUGUCAUGAAAUGUAAGAAAGGAGCAGAGUCUCGUUAUGCAUCCAGAACGAACCGACGGUGGCCUUCUCGCAUUCAGGGGUUUAUCUGAUUUAACCACAUGGGGAUGCUUCAGAACUUCGUGUCAUCUCAUCUUUCAGCUUCCUUAUGUGCCCGAAAUAAAGACCACUGAAAAUCAGUACAUAUGUCCGUCAAGCACUUUUGUGGGUGUUCUUUGAACCUCUCGUCAACAUCCCAAGCUUUCACUUUCUUUUCCUUAAUAGAGCAUAUGGAGUAGUUUCAUUUCUUUGGCCCCGGCAUUGCUGUAUAGUAUCCAGCUCGAAGCCGAUU